AUGGCGUCCUGCCGCACCCCCGCGCUGCGCAACCUCCUGACCUCGUCGACGCGCACCCUCCGCGCCGCCAACCAGCGCCGCUGGGCCCAGGUCCACGACGUGCGCUUCCUCGCCACGACGCAGCCGCGCCGCGCCCUCGCCGACAAGUACCACGAGAAGCUCAGCCAAAAGGCCCGUCUCGAGGGCCACCAGUCCGUCGACGACCUCCGCGCCGCCUACGCCGAGCGCAUCGACGAGCUCAGGAAGAAGGCGACGGUUGAGAUUCCGCUGCCCACGCCGCCGCCGAGCCCCUCCUCCCCGUCUGCGGCCUCCCCGUCUGCGUCCUCCCCGCCUCCCCAGUCAGCAGCAGCACCAGCAGCAGGAGCAGCGCCAGCACCACAAGCAGCGCCAGCAGCAGCAGCCAAGUCCUCCAAGUCGGCCUCGGGCGUCAAGCCUCUCAGCGACAUGCUCGACCUCGAAAAGGCCGCCGCGCUGCCCGCCAAGGAGCUCACAGCCAUCUGGCGCCUGCGCCACGCCCACACGCCCAACACGCUCUGCGCCGUCAUCCCGUCGCCGACCUACGCCGCCAUCGAGGCCCUCGCGCGCCGCGCCCCGCAGUUCGUCCUGCCCGUGCCGCGCCCCGGCCAGGGCGCCGAGAUGCACUUUUUGCAGUGGGUCUUCGACGCCGCCACCCGCACGGCGACCGUCCUGUUCACGCAGCUCGCCGAGUUCAAGGCCCGCGGCGAGUUCGCCCAGCCCCACACCACCGUCACGCACUAUACGGACCUGCGCGACGCCGAGGCCGGCCUCGUGCUCAUGCAGGGCCAGGUCGUUGACGGCCGCGGCGCCGACGUCGAGGACGCGCGCUGGCUGCUGUUGUGCUUGCAGCGCUUCUAUGGCGGCUGGGACCUCGACGGCAAGGGCGGCGAGCCUGAUCCGCAGCGGCUGGAGAGGGCUGUCGAGAGGCGGCGCCUGCUCGAGUGGUUUGCUGCGGCGGAUCCGAGGUUCAGCGUCGAGAAGCUGCUCGAGGAGGCCGAGAGGAUGGGUUGA